UUGAAAGAAUUCAGAAUCAGUGGGAUGAAGUACAGGAACACCUUCAGAACCGGAGGCAGCAGUUGAAUGAAAUGUUAAAGGAUUCAACACAAUGGCUGGAAGCUAAAGAAGAGGCUGAGCAGGUGUUGGGACAGGCCAGAGCCAAGCUUGAGUCAUGGAAGGAGGCUCCCUACACAAUGGAUGCAAUCCAAAAGAAAAUCACAGAAACCAAGCAGUUGGCCAAAGACCUCCGCCAGUGGCAGAUAAAUGUAGAUGUUGCAAAUGAUUUGGCACUGAAACUUCUCCGGGAUUAUUCUGCAGAUGAUACCAGAAAAGUUCACAUGAUAACAGAGAACAUCAAUGCCUCUUGGGCAAGCAUUCAUAAAAGAGUGAGUGAGCGAGAGGCUGCUCUGGAAGAAACACACCGAUUACUGCAACAGUUCCCCCUGGACCUGGAGAAGUUCCUUGCCUGGCUUACAGAAGCCGAGACAACUGCCAACGUCCUGCAGGAUGCCACCCAUAAGGAAAGGCUCCUAGAAGAUUCCAAGGGAGUAAGAGAGCUGAUGAAACAAUGGCAAGACCUCCAAGGAGAAAUUGAAGCUCACACAGAUAUGUAUCACAACCUGGAUGAAAAUGGCCAAAAAGUCCUGAGAUCCCUGGAAGGUUCUGAUGACGCAGCCCUGUUGCAAAGACGUUUGGACAACAUGAACUUCAAGUGGAGUGAGCUUCGGAAAAAGUCUCUCAACAUUAGGUCUCAUUUGGAAGCCAGUUCUGACCAGUGGAAGCGUCUGCACCUUUCUCUUCAGGAACUUCUGGUAUGGCUCCAGCUGAAAGAUGAUGAGUUAAGCCGGCAAGCACCCAUCGGAGGCGACUUUCCAGCAGUUCAGAAGCAGAAUGAUGUGCACAGGGCCUUCAAGAGGGAAUUGAAAACGAAAGAACCUGUAAUCAUGAGUACUCUUGAGACCGUACGAAUAUUUCUGACAGAGCAGCCUUUAGAAGGACUAGAGAAACUCUACCAGGAGCCCAGAGAGCUGCCUCCUGAGGAGAGAGCCCAGAAUGUCACACGGCUCCUACGAAAGCAGGCUGAGGAGGUCAACACUGAGUGGGAAAAAUUGAACCUGCACUCUGCAGACUGGCAGAGAAAAAUAGACGAGGCCCUCGAAAGACUCCAGGAACUUCAGGAAGCAACGGAUAAGCUGGACCUCAAACUACGUCAGGCUGAGGUGAUCAAGGGAUCCUGGCAGCCUGUGGGUGACCUCCUCAUUGACUCUCUCCAAGAUCACCUCGAAAAAGUCAAGGUGCUUCGAGGAGAAAUUACACCUCUGAAAGAGAAUGUCAGCUACGUCAAUGACCUUGCUCGCCAACUCACUACGUUGGGCAUUCAGCUGUCACCAUAUAACGUCAACAUUCUGGAAGACCUGAACACCAGAUGGAAGCUUCUGCAGGUAGGCACGUUAUGA